AUGCGUACGUAUCCUAAGUUUUACGUUGGGCGUCUCCGCCCGUACUAUCAGUACGAGCCCGUUUCGAGAGGCGAAGAACACCUCCGCGGUCAAGGGCCAAGACCACCUUCGAGUGGUCCUGUUUCAACGAGCCAGUCUGGUCUACUAGCAAAGCGACCUGCUCACGCAGUUGAGCGAUGUAUUGACGAGCUGCAGCCAGCUCAUCACGAAGAGAACGAGUCGAACGUUCGUUCUCAAGUUGUGCGAACGCAAAAGCGGCACGAUGGUCUGAACGGUCGUGCGUUAAGCAAUUGUAAUUAUCCCUUACAAGAUCCUCAAGCUCACAACGCCGAGUCCGUUCAUGAACCAGACCAUCUUGCAACUGUUCCGUUACACGUUUUAGCUCCUGAACAUCAAGGCGGAUCCGACACUCGAGCCGGAUCAGGUGUUCCCGCCGCCACCACAUCCUUUGGUGGACUCAAGCGGUGGUCAACGCUCUCAGGUGGAGCGUAUUUUGAACCACCGCGGCGUGAAUGGCGUCCGGACGAGUUACCACGUCUGCUGGCGUGGCUAUCCAACGACUUGAGCAUCUGGGGGCCUCACGCCCAGCUUAUUUUUGAUUUUCUAGGUCUCGUCGAUUAA